AUGGGCAAAGAAUAUACUAGAAAACAACUGAAAAAUAAAUGGGAUUCCCUCAAAGAUCAUUGGAAAUUACGGAAAGAAUUGAAGGGAAAAGAGACCGGUCUUGGGUGGGAUCACAGGCGUCAAACUAUAGAUGCAUCCGAUGAGUGCUGGCGCCUCAAGAUUGAGCAUGCAUAUUCACCAUCUUCUACACUACCUAUCCCUAGAAGUCCACAGCAAGGUAACAAUGAGGUGAACCUUGAAGGUAGUGGUGACUCUGAGGACAAUGAUGAUUUGGCCCCCACUCUGCCUAAAAGAAAAAGAAAUGAGAGAGCUGAGAAAGAUAAAGGAGUAGUACCAAAAAAAAAAAAGGUGGGAAGUGCUGUUCAUUUGGCUAAACAAAUUAAUCGAAUGUGUGAGGCAAUUGAGAGUAGGAGCACAGCAACUUCCAUGAUUAAUAAAAGUGUAGAAGGUGGAGGCACCAGUAUUAAGGACAUGAUGAAGGAUGUCACCUCAUUGCCUGGUAUCGAGCAGGGUAAUAGGUUAUGGUUUUUUGCCACUCGACUGUUUUUAAGUCCAGAGAAGAGAGAGAUGUAUUUCACUAUGGAAGAUCCUAACGUGAAGUUGGAGUGGUUGAAAUUUGAGAUGAACGAAAAAUAA